UAGGGCGAGCAUGUUCAGGGCUCUGGUACCAAGGCAACCUUUAAGGCAAGGGACCCCGUCAAUCGUAGGUUUUCAACCGGACUCGUUAGGGGAGCUUGCCAAACUUCAGUCGGCACACAAUCAUGGCUCAAAUCAAGACCUUCUCGGUUCGACACCACUGGGACGACUCACCCACCAUCACAUCCUGGACCAUCCAGGAAAAGCCCUCCAACAGAAUAUCAUGGACUCCACAUACAACAGCCCGUCCAAGACGACUCCGCAAAGCCGAAUGCCGCGAGCUGUUCAACUCUGUCGACUCGCUACCCAGCAUCCGGGUACACGGCGCCGCCUGUCGCUGCGUCGGCGAAGCCCUCGACGAGGACAGACUCGAAGACACCCACCUCGCCACCAAGAUUUCAGCCCUCGCCAGAUCCAUCAUUACCAACAAUACCAGACCACCCCCGCAGUCCCACCCCGGCCUUAAACGCUCCCAUUCAAUAGCAGGAAAACCAUCACCACCGAUACAGAGAACAACCUCCCUCUUCUCGACCCUCUCCCGCCUCUUCUCCUCAGGCCCCUCACCCUCCACCACUUCCUCCAACUCCUCCUCCCUCGCGCUCCAAGCAGACCUCUGCAUCGGUGCGUCCGAACUCGACCCAGACAAAGUCGCCCACUACCUGCUACACUCCACCCCGCCCCUCCCUGUCAACGCGCCCAACCACCUCGGCAUGACGCCGCUCAUGGCAGCUGUCCGUUCCCCAGCUGCCGCUUCCAGACCCAGAGCGCAAUUGGAAAUGGUGCGGUUCCUGGUCGAGGGUUGCGGUGCCGACAUCGAGGCUACCCGCGUAGAUCGUGUGACGGGGCUCGGGGAGAGCGUGCUCAGCUUGGCGUGCGCGGUGGGCGCGGAGGAGGUGGUGCGGUAUUUGAUAGAGAGGGGUGUGGUUGUUGAUCGGAGGCUGCCUUCGGGGCCGGGAGGACAUGUGUCUGGGAGGGGGGUUGCGGUCGUCGGCAUGAUGAGGGGCCAGACGGCGUUGCAUGUUGCUGUGUUGGCCGAUCGGGCCGAGUGUGUGGAGAUACUGGUGAGGGACGGCAAGGCGGAUGUGAAUGCUACGCUUGAUGCUUCUUCCGAGGGGGAGGAGUUGAGGAAAGAUGGGGGGCUGAGGGGCCUGAGGGGGCGGACGAAGAGUGUGUCGAGGGAGGGGAGGCAGAAACGGCCUCAGCAUCCAGUCUCAGCGCUGCAUCUGGCCCACGCCAGUCCUGCUUGCACUCGGGUGCUGUUGGAGCUUGGUGCGAACGUCAGCGUGAAAGGGAGUAUACCUCCUGGCGCUGGUAUGGAUGGUCCUCACAAGUGAGCGCGAACCACGUGCGUACCAUUUUGAGUCCGUAUGGCCAUGUCCAACGCUAGAGCGAAUGUCGUACAUCUGCUCUGCCGAUGGCGCCGGAUUACUCACGGAAGCCGUGCGAUC